AUGCAGGUAAAUCGGGACAAUUUCCCUGCAAUUUUUCCAAAAUUUGUGCAGCUUCUACAGACAUGUGAUUUUUUUUCGUUUGAUGAGGAAAUGACGGGGAUCAACACACCGGACCUGCCAGAGUGUAUCACCGACACACCUGAGGAGAGCUACCGCGCCAAAAGUACAGUGGCCAGUCGCUAUAAUAUUAUUCAAGUUGGUAUAUGUUUGUUUCACAAGGAGAAGGACGCAACAAAAUCUGCGCCAGCGCAGUACAUUGCCCGUCCUUUUAACUUUCUCCUGUUUCCCAAUCACGCAGAUGACUUCACAGCGGCAGAGCGGUCAAGGGAUGUGGUAUUGAGUCCCUCUUCACUUUCCUUUCUGCGCCGGCACGACAUGAACUUUCAGUAUUGGGUUUACAACGGUAUGGCGUACUGCGAUGGUGUUCAGGAAGAGGCUCUGCGCAAGAAACACCAGGAAAAGUACCAAAAAGAAGUGUUUGACACAAAAACUGAUGCAAAAAGGAAAGACACUCAAGGUAUCGACCUCAUGACAGAGGAUGAGAAGAAAUGGUUUGAUAACGCUGUCGCUACGGCGCAGGCUUUUUCUGAUCGAAUUCAGGCAGCGUUGGAGCGGGCGGCUAAUGAGAAACACUCCGAUGUGGUGUUUCCAUCUCAGAGCAUGGUUGAAGUAGCCGCUUCCAUGGAUCUCCUUCAAUCCGGUGGACGAGAAGUUUUUCUCCCCCCUCAGCGGAGUAAAAAUGUUCGUGAGAAGUUUGAGCGGUACUUGGAGCAAAACAUUCCCAAUAUUUCUCUCACAUUUCGACGCCAAGGUGUUAUGCAAAGCGGUACCUUGCAUGCCAUUUUUCCAGAGGAGCGGUCAAGAAUGCUCAUCAAGGAGCAGACGCAUCGUGAGCGAGAAUUGAUGGAUAUGUUGGGUUUUCGAUUGGUUUUCAAGGCCCUUGCAGAAAGUAAUAAGCCUUGUGUCGGUCAUAACUGUUUUGCGGAUAUUCUCUUCUUGUUCGCAUCUUUGGAGGGUCCAUUGCCUGGUACAUUACUGGAAUUUAAAGAACGUAUGAGGCAAGUGUUUCCCAUUGUAUUUGAUACCAGGUACAUCGCGAGUCGCCAGGAUUAUUUUCCAGUGGGACGAUUUGGGUCGCGUUACUUGAGCGGCUACUUUGGUGAGUAUGGGUUUCAUUCAGCAAAUGUACAUGUUACCCUUCCGUUGGGUUUUGAGUCGUACGACCCCUUGACAGUUGAGAGAUCAAGUUUUGGAAGCAAGGGAGGCGGUGGCGGUCCUACACAUGAAGCGGGGUAUGACGCUUUAUUGACAGGGACACUGUUGCUUAACCUGCUUGCCGAAAUCGGUUUUGAUGGUGUUUCAAAUGCCCCAAAUUGUUUGGUAAAUCGGAUAUCACUCUUUCGUUCGCUAUAUGCUCUGAAUUUGAGCAAUACAGAAGAAGAGGGAGAAUAUCUUCCCAGAAGUGGUGUAUUGGAGCUUCGGCAUGAAAAACACAUCCGGAGCCACCAUCUUGAUUCUUGUUUCUCGGCCCUGUCUAUGCAGGGCGUUGUGCUGCACUCCGUUGAUGAGACGUGUACCUUGGCGGUUCUUCCCCCGUCUUGGGCCAAGUCGUGUGGCGUUGAAACGGCGGAUGUGGGGUGGCUUUCUUCACACGUGACGUCUCGUUUUCCCCAACAUUUUGAAGCAACCGCAUACCGCCCGAUACCCGUAGGGGGUGUAAGGGGUGGCGGUGGCGGCCUCCGCGCGACACCGAAAAGCCUCAUGCGGUUUGUCUUUCGGAGUUUGGUGCGGUAA